UUGGUAAUCACGUGAUUUAUUUUGAUGACACAUGAUCGUAAAAAUGGGAACUGUUGUUGUUGCAAGCAAAACACCAACAAUGUCGCGACAUGAGUGUUUGUUAGAAGGACAUUUUGAGGUAUUUCCUAACGAAAAAAUAUUAUAUCAAGUUGAAUUAACUAGAAGUGGUAUAACAUAUUAUCCAAUAGAUGGAGUAAAAAGCAACAAAACAGUGAAAUAUAUUCAUUUUGGUGAUGUUAUUGGCUGUAGAUGCAGAAAAUCAUUGGACCAAAAACACGCUAACAAAGCAUACAUUACUGUGUUUGCUUACCCGUUAAAAAAAAAACUUUUCAGUGAAAAACAUGUUCGCUAUAAAAACCAUAUUACAUUUGCGCGUAGCUCUGAUUCAAAUUUUGAUGGAAAUAGAAAAAUUGUAGAAAAAUGGAGGAGAGUUAUUCUACAUCUUUGUCAACAGUUGCCAGUAAACAAAAAAGCAAAGGAAUCAAAACAAGAAGAAGCAUCAAUUGAAAUAGAUGUAGACAAUUGUCCUGUGCCUCCUAAAGUAAAAUUUUUGGUGCUAGUGAACCCACAUAGUGGUCCAGGUAAAGCUAUGCAGAUUUAUCAGAAACAAGUGGCCCCAAUGCUGGAUGAGGCUGAUGUCCAUGUCAAACUUAUAGAAACUGAGCAUGCAGGACAUGGCACAGAACUAAUGAAAUCAAUGAAUAGGAAAGAUUAUGAUGGAGUGGUUAUAGUGUCAGGAGACGGUCUUAUUUACGAGGUGAUAAAUGGUUUAAUGAACCGUGACGAUUGGCAAGAUGCCAUAAAGACACCAAUUGGUUGUAUACCAGGGGGAUCAGGAAAUGCUCUAGCUUGCUCAAUAAACUACUCAGCUGGUGAAUCUGUACAGAUUGAAGCUGUGUUACAUUCCACAUUUAUUCUCAUCAAACAUCGUGUCAUUCCUAUGGACCUUGUUCUGAUACAACAACCUAGACAGCAGAUAUAUUCCUUCCUAUCUCUUGCCUGGGGCCUUCUUGCUGACAUCGACUAUGAGAGUGAACAGUUCCGUGCCAUUGGAGAGGCCAGGUUCACUCUCCAAGCUAUAAGGAGAAUAUUUUCCUUACGGAAGUACAAAUGCAAGCUUUCUUUCCUUCCUGUAUCUGAAUACAUUCCAAAAGCUUCUAUAAAUAACAACACUAAAAAUAUCAACAUGGAGGGGAAAAACCGGAGAGUUUCUUUUCAGAGCCUUGAUAAUGUAGCUGAACAGGGUGGCGGUGAUGAUUUCAGAAUUCGUUCGAAAUCGGUGCCGACAAAAUUAUUUCGAGGUAAAUCUGAUCCUGAUGAGAUCAUGGAUGAUGCUGAAAAUGGUGAACAAUUAACUGAUAUUCGUGGAUCAUAUAUAUCACGAGAAUUUAGUGAAGAAGUUUUUGAAGCAGACGGAAAUGAAGAGGAUCAAGGAAAUGAAGAGAUCAAGUUUUCUCUUUCUACAGAAGAAAUGGAUACGUCGUCUUCUCCACCGGAUAAACCUAUGAAAGAAUCAAACAGUAUAAACAGCAUUCAGGAAGUGUUGAAACUGUCGAAUGUCCCUGGACAAAAAGUGCCAUGCAUUCUACCUCCGCUCAAUGAACCUGUGCCAGAUAACUGGGUCACUAUUGAAGAUGACUUUGUUACUAUUUGUGGAACAUAUCAGACACAUUUAGGAAGUGAUGUAAUUAUGGCCCCUGAUGCUCGUUUUAGUGAUGGUAUUAUUCAUCUAUGCAUAGUUAGGGCUGGGAUUCAGAAAGGGGAAUUAAUUCAGUUGAUGGGGAUGUUGGAGAAAGGAACGCAUAUUGAUCAUCCCUCGCCACAUAUUGAAUUAGUUAAAGUUCUGGCAUUUCGUCUGGAACCUCAGGGUAGAGAAGGAAUUAUAAUGGUUGAUGGGGAAAAGGUCGACUCUGAUUCAUUACAAGCUCAGGUGCUCCCAGGACUUGCAAAUUUGAUGGCAAUACAGUAAACAAAUAAUUAUUUUGUAGAACCGCAGAUGCUUUUUUAUAAACAUCUACAUGAAAUGUUAAUGAUAAGCUUGAAUUUUGUAGUGGUUACAAUGAUACAAGUUCUAAUGUGCCAAAUAUUUGUUGAGUUUUUAGCUCACCUGUCACAAAGUGACAGGGUAAGCUUUUGUGAUCGCUUUUCGUCCGGCGUCCGGCCGUCCGUAAACUUUUACUUUAAAUGACAUCUCCUCAUAAACCACUAAGCCAAUUUCAUCCAAACUUCACAGGAAUGUUCCUUUGGUGGUCACCUUUAAAAAUUGUUCAAAGAAUUUAAUUCCAUGCAGAACUCUGGUUGCCAUGGCAACCGAAAGAAAAAACUUUAAAUAUCUUCUUUUAAAAAACCAAAAGAGUUAGAGCUAAGAUAUUUAGCAUGAAACAUGUUCUAAUAAGUGUCUACCAAGUUUGUUCAAAUAAAAGCCCUGGGGUCAAAAUUGGCCCCGCCCCGGGGGUCAUUGAUUUUCCCUAUAUGCAUAUAGUAAAAACUUAAACAAUCUUCUUUUAAAGAACUCAAAGAGCUAGAGCUAACAUAUUUAGCAUUAAACAUGUUCUAAUGGGUGUCUACCAAGUUUGUUCAAAUAAAAGCCCUGGGGUCAAAAUUGGCACCGCCCCGGGGGUCAUUGAUUUUCCUUAUAUGUGUAUAGUAAAAACUUCAAAAAUCUUCUAUGAAAAAACCAAAAUAGCUAGAGUUUAGAUAUUAAGCAUGAAACAUCUUCUAGUGAGUGUCUACAAAGUUUGUUCAAAUAAAAAGCCCUGGGGUCAAAAUUGGCCCCGUCCCGGGUGUCAUUAAUUUUCCUUAUAUGUGUAUAUAGCAAAAACUUAAAAAUCUUCUUUGAAAAAACCCAAAUAGCUAGAGUUUAGAUAUUAAGCAUGAAACAUCUUCUAGUAAGUGUCUACAAAGUUUGUUCAAAAUAAAAGCCCUGGGGUCAAAACUGACCCCGCCCUUGGGGUGUCAUUGUUUUUAGAUAUAUUUGUAUAGUAAAAACAUAAAAUUUCUUCUUUUAAAAAACCCAAUGAGCUAGAGCUUAGAUAUUUAGCAUGAAACAUCUUCUUAUGGGUGUCUACCAAGUUUGUUCAAAUAAAAGCCCUUGGGUUGAAAUUGGCCCUGCCAGAGGGGGGGGGCAGGUCAUUGUUUUUCAUUAUAUGUGUGUAGUAAAAACUAAACAACAUCAUUAUAUGUGUGUAGUAAAAACUAAACAACAUGAAACAUCUUCUAAUGGGUGUCUUCCAAGUUUGUUCAAAUAAAAGCCUUAGGGUUUAAACUGGCCCCACUGAGGGGCCACUUGACAGGUGAGCGACCUCAGGGCCAUUAUGGCCCUCUUGUUUUAGAUUUUAAUUUAUGCAAAGAAAAUCUAGCAUAUUUGAGAUCAUAUAACAUUAUAUUUCCCUAAACAUGCAACAUUAAUUAAUUUUCGGACAUUUGCAUCUUUUUUAUAUACAUGUAUAAUUUACUUUGCUUUUGGGUCCAACAGUAUCGAAAAGAUGGAAAGUAUUUUUGAAUUCAGAUAUUUUUUUAAUUCUAACCAAUCAAUCAGAUGAUUCACUCUGAAUCUGCUUUCAUUUAUUUAGGUCAAUUUUAGCUUGUUUGAAAAACUUAUGUCAUAAAGUUUUUGUUUUUUUUUCAUUUUGCAUCAUUUAUUGUGGAGUAGUUUGAGUUCUUAAUAUUUUUGUUUUGUUCCAAUAGAAUAAAAUUGAUGUAUAUACAUGUUUAUAGUAAUUUAUGUAGAUAAUGAGUUGUAAUUUAUAUAUAUCAAAUUAGGUGAAGAGAAAUAUCACUGCCAUUUACAAAGAGCUUUUUUUGUGUUGUUAAUUUAUGCUGUGUUAUGAAUGUGUGUAUACCAAACCGCAGAUCAGCUUCCAGUUGUGCAGGUCAUAUCAGACGUCACAAUUUAAACGCAACAUGGUUAUGACUGAGUGUACUGAAAGUUAUGAUGGCAUUGAGUGAAUUCUUGUACCUGUAAUUGUUGGCAUCAUCCUCAGUGUGUAAAUGUAUUAACCUGUACAUUGCUAAAUUUAUAUAAUGGACUUGUCCUCUUUUAAAUUUUUGAACUUUCAAUUGUCAAAAUAAGAUGGUUUGGUAAAAAAGAAACUAAGAUUAAGUACACUAUAGUAUAGAGUCCAGUCAGUCUAAAGGUAGUAUGCUUGAUUGAACCUGAUCAGACUACAUAUACAUGCAGACAGGCCGGGCUGUGUACUGAUGACUUAGGUAAGUCAUUAAUGGGGGCUUCAUUCAAAGAGUAUAUAUUGAUUGUUUUAUGUCAAUUAAGGAAAGAAUGAUGCCUAGUGACACAGUUUAAUAUACCAAACUAUAUGUUACUUUAUUCAUCUCAUCAGCUUGAACUUUAAACAAAUCUUUAGUAUUAAACUUCACUGUGUAUAACCUAAAAACAGGAAUGUGAAAAUAAUGCAGGAAUUGUGAAAUUGUAUUGUUAAAUCUGUGUAAUUUAUGUCCAGCAGAGCAACAUUUAAAGUAAACUGACCAAUUUAAUUUAUGGUAUAAACCAAAUUGAAAGAAAUGAAUUUGAGGAUAGGGUGCUAAGGCAUUAUAUUUUAAACCUCAUUAAAAAAGUUCAAAUACAGCCACAGAUAGGUGAGAUAGGCAAUAUCACUGCACAAUUCCUGAGUUUUCAAAUGCUUACUUAGGGGUUAUACACAUUUACCUUGUUAUAUACCGUACAUAUCUUGUUGUUUUUACUCAUUCAUUCAUUCUUUUGUAAUUUUGGUCUUUUUUAUAAAGAUUUUAGUGAGAGCUUCUGUAUAGGGUAAUUGCCAGAAAUUUCGAAAAGAAAAAAUUAAUAUAUUUCCUUUGAAUUGAUAAAUAUAUAAUUGAUUGAAAAAAUGACUGUGAUAUUUUUUAUAUUUGAAACUCAAAAUUGUACACUUGUAUGGUAAAGCUAUAAACUUUUUUUUUGCGAUAGCAAAUAAGCCAGUUGCUUGUUGAGUGAUUAUAGUUUAAUGUUUUGUAUGCAUGUUUGU